CGCAGCCCAUAAAGAGCGGAGGGGACGAAGGGUGGGUGUGCAGAGCUGUGCCCGUGCACCGGGGCCAUGCAGUGAGUGCCUGCCGGGAGCAGCCAUCUGGACCGCAGCCGUGGGACAUCCCAGCGUUUGUGGGACAUCCCAGCAUCAGCCGUGGGACAUCUCGCCACCUGCCAGCUCCCCGUGAGACACCAUCGUGACCCAGCUCAAGAUGCAGAGGUGUGCGGGUUUCCUGUUUCUGUCUUUAAUCCUUUGUGCCACCCUGUCAGAAACGUUCGGACUGGUUUUAUCUGCAAAAGAAAAAAGGGGCUGGACUUUGAACAGUGCUGGUUACCUACUUGGGCCACAUGCAGUAGAUAACCACAGAUCUUUUAAUGACAAACAUGGUUUCACUGGUAAACGUGAAAUACAGCCUGAUGAGGAUAUAAAAGCAGGAAAUCUUGGAAGACCACUGGCUGACGAAAACACUGUGCGCACAGUAAUCGAAUUUUUGACUUACUUACAUCUUAAAGAGAUGGGAGCACUUGACAAUUUACCUUCUCCAGAGGAAACAAAUCAGUCUUGAAGAAGAAAACAUUUUUAUUUUGUUGUAGUGCAAAUUUCAAGUCAAUUCUAAACAAAAGAUCCAGAAGAACAGAAGAUGAGACAUAUUGUUUUCAUUAAUCUGAAAAACAGUAAAUGAUGUUCUGCCUCUUUGGUUUUGUUUUUCUCUCCUGUAAUGUUAUGGUGUAAAAUUUUGCCUUGGUAAAAUUUUUCUGUAGGUAAAUGAUAAAAUAAAA